GGAUUGUACCAUCGCAGGGAUGAUUUUUGUACUGGUGCGAUGAAAGCUGGAGAUGAAUACUUCAUCCCUGACCCAGAUAAUGGCAACAUAUCAGGCUCGCAAAACUCGGGAGCGCUGUCGUGUUACUGCCCGCUCCUCCGCUGUGCUCUCCCGGUGCGGCGGGAGCUGUUAGCGGCGCAUCCUCGCCUCGCCGCGCAUCUUCCUCCGCCUGGAUUCGAUCCCGAUCCCCCCCUCUUCCGUCUCGCUGCUCAGAGAGAGAGGAGCGGAGAGGAAAGGAGAAGCGCCGGGCGCCGGGAGAGGAGCGAUGGAAACACGGGGAAAAGGUGACUGAAUCUCGGUGCUGAGAAAUCAUCGAGGGUCUCGUGCCUGGGAUUCCGACUAGAAGGGCCCUGCGUGAGGCGGAGCAACCUCCCCAGGAGAAGAGAGCUCAGACCGCUCACCUCCGCUUCACCUUCCUAAUAAAGAACCUCCCCCUCAUCCCUUGGGGGCCCCGACUCCACUCUCCCUGCUCUCUUACACCUCCAUCCUCUCAGGUCCCGCGGAUUAAUCCGCCCCCCCCCCCCAAAGAAGAUUCCCUGAUUCUGGCCUCCCCCGUCCCCGCUCCCUGAGUCUCCCCCAGGGCAUGGCGGUACCUUCAGUCCUCGAGUUCCACUGGCAGAGCCUGGCGCGACUGCCCAGCGGCCGCGUCUACCACACACUGUCCGAGGUGGGGGGGCAGAUGUACAUGCUGGGGGGCUGCGACGCUGCUGGGAGGCCCUGCCCGGCCCUGGAGCUGUACUCCCCCGAGGGCGACCGCUGGAUGAGCUUACCUCCCAUGCCCACCCCGCGCGCAGGGGCAGCCGUGGCCGUGCUGGGAAAGCAAAUCCUGGUGGUGGGAGGGGUGGGAGAGGACCAGAGCCCCCUGAAGGUGGUCGAGAUGUACAACACGGAGGAAGGCAGGUGGAGGAAGAGAAGCGCCCUGCGGGAGGCCUUGAUGGGUCUAUCCAUCGCGGUGAAAGAUGGUCGGGCUCUGGCUGUGGGGGGAAUGGGUGCCGACCUGCUCCCUCGUAGUAUUCUGCAGCAGUAUGACCUUCGAAAGGACGUGUGGGCACUACUUCCUCCCAUGCCGACCCCUCGCUACGACGCCAACACACAUCUGCUGGGCAACAAGCUCUACGUUGCAGGCGGUCGCCAGUGUAAGCGACCUGUGAAGGCCUUUGAGGUGUAUGAUGCAGAGACACGCUCCUGGACUACACUACCCAUCAUGCUUUGUAAACGGUCAUAUGGGGGCGUGAUAUGGGACGCGACCGGGAGGCUGUGUCUGCUCGGAGGACUGCGGCAGGGAGGGGGACACCAGAGCUCCAAGUUCACCAAGAACGUCAACAUUUUUGACACCAACCAAGGCGUCUGGUUGAAGUCGGAGGAGACGGUGGCGAUGAAAACAAAGAGGGCUGACUUUGCCGCCGCUUUCCUGCGCGGCCGGAUGGUUGUGGCAGGCGGACUCGGUCACGAGCCCUCUGCGCUGGACACAGUAGAGGCCUUCCACCCUCAGAGGAAGAAGUGGGAGAGGUUGGCCCCCAUGAACUUCCCCCGAUGCUCCACGUCCUCCAUCGUCAUCAGAGACCGCCUCCUGGUGGUGGGAGGCGUCAACCAGGUUCCCAGCUCAGCCCACGAGAUCCUGUACGUGAAAGAGGAAGAGUAUCUGUAGCCGGCCGGGAUUGAACGCAGCAGAUUGACGAUUUCACUCCUCUGUACAACCCUCCUGAAUCAGACUGUAGUGCAAUAUACAAUCAUAUAAGCAUUAAAAAAAAGAGCAGAGAUGGGAGUCAGAGUGAAAGUCCCCGCCUUUGAGAUGUACAGUAACAGACGGCAUCGCCCCCUGCUGGGGCUGUACGGACACUGAGCCCCACAUGUGAGCACACGCACGCACACACACAUGCACACUGGAGGAGCUGGGCUCUUUCUUUCUACACUGCCGCGUUGUAUGUUGCAGUGCCUCCACAAAGAAAAAGGAUUUUGUAGCUUGUGGACACGUGGACGAGCUGUUUUAUGGCACAUGUGCAUUUUAGUGUUCGCUGAUAGAUUCCACGUUUAAUUCACUUUGACGACGUGACUGCAAUAUUCAACAUCUCUCAAAAAAAAGGAAGAACCUCAGCAGGAAGUGGGAACACGUUUGGCUGAGCUACACUGUAACAACAUUUGCACUAAAGCAAUUAACAUCCUUUCUGGUGUAUUGUGGUGAUUGCACUGGAAAUCAUUCUUCUGUGCCGUAACAGUGCACAUCGG